AUGCCCCGCCCAUCUUCAGCAACCCUCCGCACAGCAGCCAUCGGCCGCCACCUCAUGUCUACCACCGCCGCUCCUCCCGUCGAAGGUCACCCGGUGCUCUUUGAGUCGAACGGGCCUGUCCGGACGUACGUCCUCAACCGCCCCAAAAAGCUCAACGCCCUCGACGAACCCAUGCUCAAUCUUCUCCGACCCCAAAUUGAGAACUGGGCGCAAGGUUCUCUUGCUAAAGUCAUCGUCGGACGUGGAGUCGGAAGGGCGUUCUGUGCGGGCGGAGAUGUUGCUAGUGUCGUGGUUGCCGCCAGGUCGGAGGAGACCCGCGCUCAGGCAAUAGACUUCUUUCACCGAGAGUUUGAAAUGGAUUACAUUCUUGCAGCCUUGCCCAAGGCGUACGUUGCUGUGAUGGACGGCAUUACCAUGGGCGGAGGUGUCGGUCUUGCGGUCAACGCGCAAUUCAGGAUUGCAACCGAGAAGACCGUCUUCGCCAUGCCGGAAACAAAAAUUGGCUACUGUCCCGAUGUCGGAGCCAGCUACUUCCUCUCCCGUGUGGAUGGCAAUAUCGGAACGUAUCUGGCCCUCACCGGCAACACAAUUUCUGGCCGUGCCGUCUUUGAUCAUGGGUUCGCUACCCACUACAUACCCUCGCGGCGGAUUCCCGCGCUCCUGGAGCGUCUUGCUGCGCUCGACGAUCCAACACUGCAACAGGUUGACCAAUUAUUGGAGGAGGAGAGCUCAGGAAAAGACGCGGAAGCAUCGCCGUCCUCCAUCGUUGGUUUGAAGCGGCAAGCUGUCGACCGGGCGUUCCGGCACAACACGGUUGAGGAAAUCAUCGCCGACCUGAAAGACAUGUCAGGCACCCACAAGGACGAAUCAAUCCGUCAGUGGGCGUCGGAGACCCUGGAUGUUCUAUUGUUGCGCAGCCCGACGAGUCUGAAGGUUGCUCUGGCCGCAAUCCGGAAGGGGAAGAGCCUGACGCUUCUCGAAGCCUUGCAGAUGGAGAUGAAUAUUGCCCACGCCUAUUGUAACGGUGGAAGCCCCGACUUCGAUACCGGAGUAUCGACUGUGCUUGUCGCAAAGACUUCCGAACGACCGGCUUGGUCUCCAUCGACCAUUGAGGAGGUCGAUGACUCCAUGGUCCAAGAAACCUUCUUCUCUGAGAACACGUCGGCACCCACACUCUCAGCUCCAUCGUACGUCCUCAAGCCCGAGGAGCUCGAAGACCCCAUGCGGUUCGCCCUCCCCACGGAGGAGGAAAUCCGUUCCAUGGUCGACGGUAGUCACAUUCAAAGCGGGGCCACGACCAUCACUACUGACGAACUCGUGGCCAAGUUCCUGCGACUUCGUGGCGGCAAGGCCGGCGUUGAGGAGAAGAUUUUGGAGGUCGUACAACGGAAGUGCGUCCUUGCACAGGGGUCAGAUUCUUCCCAGCAGUGGCUCAGCUGGAAGAUUUGA